AUCUGUGUACGAUGACCAGCCCAAUGCCCACAAGAGGUUUAUGGAGAAGCUUGAGGUCAGGAUCCGAAACCAUGACCGAGAGAUUGAGAAGAUGUGUAACUUCCACCACCAGGGGUUUGUGGAUGCCAUCACUGAGCUGCUCAAAGUCCGCGCUGACGCAGAGAAACUGAUGGUGAGAAAGAAGGAGACCCAGAGCUAAAGAAAUGGAAACUAUCUCACUAAACAUACAUUUUACAUUUCAAUCAUUUAGCUGUUAUCCAGCAUUCAUCUUCUAGCUAGGUGAGACAACCAGAUAUCACAGGCACGGUCAGUACAUGGUUGAUAUGAUUCUGAGCAGUUAGAAACAUUUGCAUAAUACCAUAAGUGAAAUAACACAUCAAACAGGAUCCAGGUCCGCUCAGAACUUAUUACUGUGUUGAGGUUAGAGUCCAAUCUAGUCUACCUCUUUGUUCAACCAGGGAUCGCAGUGGAUCAAUCUAGUCUACCUCUUUGUUCAACCAGGGAUCGCAGUGGAUCAAUCUAGUCUACCUCUUUGUUCAACCAGGGAUAGCAGUGGAUCAAUCUAGUCUACCUCUUUGUUCAACCAGGGAUCGCAGUGGAUCAAUCUAGUCUACCUCUUUGUUCAACCAGGGAUCGCAGUGGAUCAAUCUAGUCUACCUCUUUGUUCAACCAGGGAUCGCAGUGGAUCAAUCUAGUCUACCUCUUUGUUCAACCAGGGAUAGCAGUGCAUAAUUUCCCACUUAAUGUCUAUGCAAAGAUGUAAUGUUCUCUGGUCACGUAUGCCCAGUCCCCCCCCAGGCCCUGUCCCCCCCCAGGCCCAGUCCCCCCCCAGGCCCAGUCCCCCCCCAGGCCCAGUCCCCCCCCAGGCCCUGUCCCCCCCCAGGCCCUGUCCCCUCCCAGGCCCAGUCCCCCCCCCAGGCCCAGUCCCCCCCCAGGCCCUGUCCCCCCCCAGGCCCUGUCCCCCCCCAGGCCCUGUCCCCCCCCAGGCCCAGUCCCCCCCCAGGCCCAGUCCCCCCCCAGGCCCUGUCCCCCCCCCAGGCCCUGUCCCCCCCCCAGGCCCUGUCCCCCCCCCAGGCCCUGCCCCCCCCCCCCCCAGGCCCUGUCCCCCCCCCAGGCCCUGCCCCCCCCCCCCCAGGCCCUGCCCCCCCCCCCCCAGGCCCUGUCCCCCCCCCCCCCCCCCAGCCCUGUCCCCCCCCCCCCCAUGCCCCCCCCCCCCCCCAGGCCCCCCCCCCCCCCCAGGCCCUGUCCCCCCCCCCCCAGGCCCUGCCCCCCCCCCCCCAUGCCCUGCCCCCCCCCCCCCAGGCCCUGUCCCCCCCCCCCCCAGGCCCUGUCCCCCCCCCAGGCCCUGUCCCCCCCCCAGGCCCUGUCCCCCCCCAGGCCCAGUCCCCCCCCCAGGCCCUGUCCCCUUCUCACACUCAGUGUGCAAAACAUUAAGGACACCAGAGCUGUGUUCGAAUACCCAUACUAACAUACUGUAUACUACAUACUUAAUGAGUAUAUACUAUUAGUUAAUGUUAGUAUACUGUAAACGAACGGUAUCCUUUCAUUUGAUCGUACUAGCGCUUUGCCUGUCUACCGGAAGUUAAUGCUGUUGCUAUGCAACCUCUUGCUAGCUUGUUAGCAUAACAACAUUACUAGCGAGACAUCUUACGACUUCAUUAUCAAUGUCCAUUGAGAACGCACAACGACUAUACCACUUCGCUAAGCUAAGAAUGAUGUGAAUAAUCAAGUCAAUAAACGUUGGGCCGUUUAGUUAGAUAGCAUAUAGUUAAUAUACUGGCAAGUUCGAUGUAUUAGGAGCCAACUAACGUUAGGUAGCUAGCUAACAUACCGGUACAUACAAUAAUAUAAUAAUAAUAAUAUAUGCCAUUUAGCAGAUGCUUUUAUCCAAAGCGACUUAGUCAUGUGUGCAUACAUUUUUACGUAUGGGUGGUCCCGAGGAUCGAACCCACUACCCUGGCGUUACAAACGCCAUGCUCUACCAACUGAGCUACAGAGGACCACAAGUAACUGCUAUAAUGAUAUGCGGUUCGUAAGGCUAGUGUAGCCAACGUAACGUGUAACAUAACUUAUUUGAAAAGUCAUUACAUUUUUCAACAAUCAAUCAAUCAAAUGUAUUUAUAAAGCCCUUUUUAGCAGUGCUAUACAGAAACCCAGCCUAAAACCCCAAACAGCAAGCAAUGCAGAUGUAGAAGCACGGUGGCUUGGAAAAACUCCCUUUGUCAUUAUCAGUUAAAGCAAUUAAUUAAUAUUUAUUUACUUUUUGGACUUACAUUUGUAUCCGCUCUCGUCGGACUUCGGCUGCAUAUUUUCCGCCAUUUUCGUCAAAUCUGAAAAUGUUGUGAAGCCACGCCCAUUUUCUGAAGAAUUGCAUUAUGGGCCUUAAAAGCACGGAAAUAGGGUCCACUGCUUGUAUACUUUGUAUUUUGGCGAAUGUAGUACGACAUCCGGGAACUUUUGGCAUUCUAACUAUAUCCAUACUAUGACCAAUAAGCACACUACACACUCAAUUUACGUCACAAAUAGUACGGUUAGUGCUGUGCUCUUUCCAUGACAGACUGACCAGGUGAAUCCAGGUGAAAGCUAUGAUCCCUUAUGGAUGUCACUUGUUAAAUCCACUUCAAUCAGUAUAGAUGAAGGGGAGGAGACAGGUUAAAGAAGGAUGUUUAAGCCUUGAGACAAUUGAUACAUGGAUUGUGUAUGUGUGCCAUUCAGAGGGUGAAUGGGCAAGACAAAAGAUUUAAAUGCCUUUUGAACGGGGUAUGGUAGUAGGUGCCAGGCACACCGGUUUGUGUCAAGAACUGCAACGCUGCUGGGUUUUUCACGCUCAACAGUUUCCUUUGUGUAUCAAGAAUGGUCCACCACCCAAAGGACAUCCAGCCAACUUGACACAACUGUGGGAAGCAUUGGAGUCAACAUGGGCCAGCAUCCCCGUGGAACCCUUUCGUCACCUUGUAGAGUCCGUGCCCCGGCGAAUUGAGGCUGUUCUGAGGGCAAAAGGGGGUGCAACUCAAUAUUAGGAAGGUGUUCUUAAUGUUUUGUAUACUCAGUGUAGGUCGUUUUUUACACCAGCGUCAAACAGCUGAAAAUAAUGUUUUUGGUUAUGGAAAAUAUAUUUGACAGCGUUUUAGAUGGUACAAUGAUUUACUUUACCAGGGUUCCCCAACUGGCGGCUGGUGGUUUUAUUUGGCCGCCCAAGUUUUCUGAGCAAAAAAUUAUAAUAAUAAAAAAUAUAUAUAUAUAUUUUCAUUGUUGGACAUGACUGACUGUAAAAACGACAGGAAAUCAGUUCCAAGUGAUUUACAUUUUGGAAAUCUGUUCCCCAGUAUUCCCACGGAUAAUAGAGAGACACGUGAUCAUAUACAAAUGGACGCAAGGUUUGAAAUUAUUAUGUUUUAGUCAAACAUAUCUGUUUGGGCUUCUUGUGGUCAAUUUGCAGUCUACAAAUUAUUUGUAGUUAUGUUCCGGCCCCGCCGACCAUCCGCUCAAGAAAAAACGGCCCGCGACUGAAUCUAGUUGAUGAUCUAGUAUGAUACUAUACCUGCUUGUUUUGUCACAUAAACUGAAAUUAGGCCGACUAUUCAAGUUUUAGCAACCAGGAAAUGGCGGAGCGAUUUCUGCAUAGUGCACCGUUAACAUUAGAGUUCGCGCACCAGCUGUUGUUAACAAGGAGACACACACCUCCCCCUUAACCUUACCCUAAGCUGCCGUUCGGUGGCGAUGCAGAGAAAAACCAGCUGUUGUUAACAAGGAGACACACCUCCCCCUUAACCUUACCCUAAGCUGCCGUUCGGUGACGAUGCAGAGAAAAACCAGCUGUUGUUAACAAGGAGACACACCCCUCCCCCUUAACCUUACCCUAAGCUGCCGUUCGGUGGCGAUGCAGAGAAAAACCAGCUGUUGUUAACAAGGAGACACACCCCUCCCCCUUAACCUUACCCUAAGCUGCCGUUCGGUGGCGAUGCAGAGAAAAACCAGCUGUUGUUAACAAGGAGACACACCUCCCCCUUAACCUUACCCUAAGCUGCCGUUCGGUGGCGAUGCAGAGAAAAACCAGCUGUUGUUAACAAGGAGACACCCCUCCCCCUUAACCUUACCCUAAGCUGCCGUUCGGUGGCGAUGCAGAGAAAAACCAGCUGUUGUUAACAAGGAGACACACCUCCCCCUUAACCUUACCCUAAGCUGCCGUUCGGUGACGAUGCAGAGAAAAACCAGCUGUUGUUAACAAGGAGACACACACCUCCCCCUUAACCUUACCCUAAGCUGCCGUUCGGUGACGAUGCAGAGAGAAACCAGCUAGAUCUAUAUUAUCCAUGUCCUUGUUCAGCCACCAGUCCAGUUGGUUUUCUAGUUAUUGUACGUUGGCCAAUAGAACGGAGCGUAGAGGCAGUUUAUUCCCCCCCCCCCCCCAACGUAGUCUCGUCAUGGAGACCUCUCGUUUGGCUCUCCUGCACCGUCUCUUCCUCGUUCUAGUCCUGGGGGUUAGGGCCUGGUCCGGAGCCAGUCUAAGUUAACCUAAUGAUUCCUCCCCCAGGACUGAGCCAGUCUAAGUUAACCUAAUGAUCCCUCCCCAGGACUGAGCCAGUCUAAGGUAACCUAAUGAUCCCUCCCCAGGACUGAGCCAGUCUAAGUUAACCUAAUGAUUCCUCCCCCAGGACUGAGCCAGUCUAAGUUAACCUAAUGAUCCCUCCCCAGGACUGAGCCAGUCUAAGGUAACCUAAUGAUCCCUCCCCAGGACUGAGCCAGUCUAAGUUAACCUAAUGAUCCCUCCCCCAGGACUGAGUCAGUCUAAGGUAACCUAAUGAUCCCUCCCCAGGACUGAGCCAGUCUAAGGUAACCUAAUGAUCCCUCCCCAGGACUGAGCCAGUCUAAGGUAACCUAAUGAUCCCUCCCCAGGACUGAGCCAGUCUAAGGUAACCUAAUGAUCCCUCCCCAGGACUGAGCCAGUCUAAGGUAACCUAAUGAUCCCUCCCCAGGACUGAGCCAGUCUAAGGUAACCUAAUGAUCCCUCCCCAGGACUGAGCCAGUCUAAGGUAACCUAAUGAUCCCUCCCCAGGACUGAGCCAGUCUAAGGUAACCUAAUGAUCCCUCCCCAGGACUGAGCCAGUCUAAGGUAACCUAAUGAUCCCUCCCCAGGACUGAGCCAGUCUAAGGUAACCUAAUGAUCCCUCCCCCAGGACUGAGUCAGUCUAAGGUAACCUAAUGAUCCCUCCCCCAGGACUGAGCCAGUCUAAGGUAACCUAAUGAUCCCUCCCCAGGACUGAGCCAGUCUAAGGUAACCUAAUGAUCCCUCCCCAGGACUGAGCCAGUCUAAGGUAACCUAAUGAGAUGCAUUACAUCAGGAGCAGAAGUUCCCCAGCCCAGCUGCACCGAGGCACAGGCCAGAUCUCUUUAGCUCUCUUUCCCAGCUGAACGUGGUCUUUAGGUGAGCAGAUGGUUGGAGGCACAGGCCAGAUCUCUUUAUCUCUCUUUCCCAGCUGAACGUGGUCUUUAGGUGAGCAGAUGGUUGGAGGCACAGGCCAGAUCUCUUUAGCUCUCUUUCCCAGCUGAACGUGGUCUUUAGGUGAGCAGAUGGUUGGAAGCACAGGCCAGAUCUCUUUAGCUCUCUUUCCCAGCUGAACGUGGUCUUUAGGUGAGCAGAUGGUUGGAGGCACAGGCCAGAUCUCUUUAGCUCUCUUUCCCAGCUGAACGUGGUCUUUAGGUGAGCAGAUGGUUGGAGGCACAGGCCAGAUCUCUUUAGCUCUCUUCCCCAGCUGAACGUGGUCUUUAGGUGAGCAGAUGGUUGGAGGCACAGGCCAGAUCUCUUUAGCUCUCUUUCCCAGCUGAACGUGGUCUUUAGGUGAGCAGAUGGUUGGAGGCACAGGCCAGAUCUCUUUAGCUCUCUUCCCCAGCUGAACGUGGUCUUUAGGUGAGCAGAUGGUUGGAACUGGACCAGCCACUGGCCUGUAUGAAGCAUGUUCAGCUAACAGGGCAGCAGAUCAACUACCUCACUGACCCUCUUUCUCCCACAGAUGAAUGAGACUUUAAAAAAAAAAAACAGAAUAAAUGGCUUCCUGAUUACCGUGAGCUAAUGAGACGUGGGGAGCGAUGUGGGAAGCUCUCUCUGUGGUCCUGCUAUCCCUACUGUCGCCCUCCUAACCCCAGCCUGAGUUACCACGGGACCCCUCCACUCUGUGAAUCAACCAGCUAGUGACUGUUUGUAUUCAGCUCUGAAACCCAAUGUUUAAUUACCCACAAAAUGCAGUGGGCCUUUCACUCUAGACAAUGAAUGGUACAGAGAGCUCAUUGAGGUUAUCAGGAAGGGACCACUGGUCAAUUGGGUCAUUGAAUUUGUUUGACAAGACCUGCAGAGACAAGUAGAGUUCAAAAAUCCUCAACGUAGAAUUGAGAAGUUUGUCACAGAAUCUGUUGGAAAGGGCUGUCAAGCUAUUACCUGCGCAUAAAAGCUUUCGAAGCCGACCAAAAGUCCAAGUUCCCGUCGCAGAUUGAAUCAGAAUGUGCCUGCCGUUGUCUAACUGUGUCCUCGUGGAGGAUGAUCUGAUGACAAGGUGAGCAGCUACAACAGGGGGUUGUCUAACCAUUAGUCAUCUUGUUUUUUUUGAAGGGCCAGGUUACUGACACAAACAGAAGACUGCAAGACGCUGGCAGAGAGGUAAGAGUCUGUGUCCCCGUGUCCCUGUGUCCCUGUGUCCCUGUGUCAGUGUUGCCUGUGUCCCCGUGUCCCUGUGUCCCUGUGUCAGUGUUGCCUGUGUCCCCGUGUCCCCGUGUCCCUGUGUCAGUGUUGCCUGUGUCCCCGUGUCCCCGUGUCCCCGUGUCCCUGUGUCCCUGUGUCAGUGUUGCCUGUGUCCCCGUGUCCCUGUGUCCCUGUGUCAGUGUUGCCUGUGUCCCCGUGUCCCUGUGUCCCUGUGUCAGUGUUGCCUGUGUCCCCGUGUCCCUGUGUCCCCGUGUCCCCGUGUCCCUGUGUCCCCGUGUCCCAGUGUCAGUGUUGCCUGUGGUCAAGUUAGAGGACAGAGGGGUACAGAUUGAGACAUAAGCACCUCUGACUGACCUCUCUGGGUAAUUGGGGAGUUCUUACACUCUUUGACCUCUCUUACGUAAGGUGACAGCCCAAACGGAGGAGGUGAUUCGCUGUCGGAUACAGCAGAGGAACAUGGCUACCACUGUGGAGAGAAUACAGCUGUGUAUA